UUUAAUAUUGUUUCUUUAAUUUGUAUUGUAUUAGGACACAGUAACCUUAUUUUAAGUAAAUUAAACAUAACAACAAUGCAUUUUCCCAUGGAGUGCAGGUUGAUGAUGUAUACAUAAAUAUAUAUAGUUGUCCUGAUUAACAUAUUUCUUCGGUGUGCAUUGGAGGAAAUAGCAAAAUUAAGGGAUCAGACUUUUCAUAAAAGAAAACAUUAUUAUGGUGUAAAUUCUCUCGUUUGGUUAAUUUAACUUAAGAAGAAUUCAAACUAUUGUAUAUUUAGCAGGAGUCAUGACUGGAUCUGACUUUGAAAAAAUAAAAAAAGCUGCACGAAGAACUAAAGCACUUCCGCCUCAAGUCAACAGUGCAACGCCGCCGCCUGGCGGUGACACGCGGGACUACACAGACGUCCACAACACCCAUCUGUCUGUGAUUGGUCGCGCAACAAAGAAGCAGAGGCAGGCUCAAACACAGCAAACGGAACAUAUUAAAAUAUGAAUCAUGUCUGAAUCGACAGGGAAAAAAUCCAACCAAUGAAUUUCUUUCGCAGCAGCUAUUGUGAAUGAGGUCCUCUCCUCCAGCUCUCAUCAUCAUCACCACCAUCCCCGUCAGCGCUGGUCACGUGGUGUGUAGGGAGCGGGCGGUGGGUGUGUCUAAUCGCGUGUGGUUUCAUUCAUAACUACAGUGUUUAUUUGAAGACCAAAUUAAAGUAUGCAGACCGGGCAGGCUGCCUGUGGACCGCCGCUUCUAACGGAAUCUACAGCCGGGUGAGUCCGACCCUCGUCCCGUUCACACCGGGACCAGCUCAUGGACCUCCAGGCGUGAUGUGCUACUAUUUCAUUAAGUGCGAUGUGUGAUAGUUGACAAGUGCCGGCUCCAGGUUUCUGAAUCCGAGUGUUUCAGUGAGAGGUCUUUGGCGCGCGCGGCGCACGGUGCGCGGCGCAGUGCUCGCGUCCACGGGGUUCCUGCGUGACCGUCUUGAUUUAUUCCCCGCAGGCUGAGCGCAGACGACGCAGAGAUGCGUGACAGCCCCGAUCGGAGUGUUUUGGGAGGAGAAAACAAAAUGCUGCUGCUGCUGAGCGCUGCCGGCUGCAGCGGGUCGCUGUAGUCAGUCCGCUCAGAGCGGAGGAAAAGCUGCUUCAACCCCGCCUGCAUAGACCGCUUCACACACGCUGACCUGGACCAUGAGCAAUGACUCGCCUGUUCUGACAAGUCUGACUGAGAACUCCACUGAUGUGCCCGUGGCGGCGGGCGAGGUGGAGAACUAUGUGCUGCUGUUGGUGCUGCUGAGCGUCUUCGCCGGGGGGACGCUGGUCCUGCUCUCCCUGCUGCUCCUCUUCUGCCACCGCUGCUGCCUGGGGGGCCGCCGCUACUCCAGAGCCAGUGAUGACCCCGAGAAGACAAACACCACCCAAGAGAUCACCAUUUAUCUGGAUGAAUCAGACGCUCUGUCAGCGGCCAGCUGUCAUGAUGGAGCGUCGGAGCGAUUCGUCUCCACUGGGUCCACCGGGCGCAGAGUCUCCUUCACUGAAUCAGCUCUUUAUGAAGCGGAGAAAACGACUCCGGAGAAAGGCCGCAGGUAUACUCUGACUGAGGGAGACUUCCACCACCUGAAAAAGGCCCGGCUGACACACCUUCACCUGCCUCCGGCCCCGUGCGACCUGAAGAUCCUCACCAUCAUGGAGUGUGACUCCACAGAGAGCAGCAGCGUCAACAUCAACGAGACCGCAGCUCCCAAACUGCCCCUGACCAUCUACAAGGUGACCUUUCCCUGGCUGGGAUUCUUCUCUCAUGUCAAAAUAUCCGGUUGUUUUUCUCAUUUGUUUUCUCUCCAGCCCACUGAGAGAAGAGUCCCCGACUGGAUGGGACUGAGCCUCAGUGGAGGUCUGCCUGGAGACCCGCACCACUCCACCAUCCUGGACCAGAGCCCCAGACAGGCUUCAUCCGCCAUGACAGCCCCGCAGUCAUGGUCCCAGACCAUGGAGGCUCUCGGGGACAGGGGCGAGGCUGAGAGCCAAAGUGGGAUGAGAGGAGAGUCGAUUCAAGCUCCGGGCCAGACUUCUGUUCUACGUUUCUUCUCUAAACUGCGCCGCCACGCCAGUCUAGAGGGGGCGGGGCCGUACUUCAGGAAGUGGAAGUUUGACAGCAGUCAUCGGGCUGCCAGCCUGGAUGCCAAAGGAUCCCCCAAGAGAAGGCCCUUCCAGAGACAGCGAGCAGCAAGUGAAACCACCAAUCACUCCGAUGACGAUUCUUUGUCCCUCCGAGAUGAGGUCACCGAGUCGUUCCCACGGUCCCCCGACCAGACCAGUGGCCUCCAGUCCCUCUCUGCAGAGUCUCUUUCUCAACCAGACGCUGCACUUGCGUCCUCAAUCUUCCUCAGCAGGUUAAACCUAGAGGCCAUGGUGGAGUCAGGUGGGAGCAGCAGCGCCAGAGGAGAGGAGCUCUGUUCGCCAUCAAUUGAUCAUCAUGCCCGGAGGCCGGAUGAGGCAACAGCCAAUGGGACCAGAGUAGAACAAGAAACCAAGUGCAGUGCAGGUACAAGAGCAGAAGCGGUGGGAGGUAGAAGAGCGGUAGAAGAUGACGACUUGUUUGAGGUACAACAGGGAACUGCUGUAGAAGACGGGUUUGAAGACAUGUUAAGGACCACUGAAGACACACAGGCCUCGGAUACCAGGAACAGGAGUGAUGCCGAUGAAGGAGAUGAGCUGGUGUUGGGAGCCGAGGCCCGGCUGAGAGCCGACUCAGGCUCAUCCCUUUCCUUCAUGGCUCGCUCGGAGGCUCCGCCCUGCCUGUACAGAGACAUCUGGAGCUUGCGAGCCUCUCUAGAGCAAUACGCCUCCUCAGACCAGAGCAGCACGGACCGGGAGUCCAUCCGCAGUGACGGGGACAGCGCCUCAUCCCACGGUGGUGCCGGAGCUCGCUCUGGCCUGGACAGCUGCUUUUCCCAAGACCUGGACGAUGAGGAAGAAGGCGAGGCAGAGAUGUUGGGGGGAGGAGUCAGAGGGGCGUCAGGCGGGGGCAGUGGAGCCGGGGGAGAGGGGGAGUCAGGGAACCGGAAGCUCCUCCAGAUGGACAGCGGCUACACCUCCAUCGAAGCACCGUCCAGGGCACCUGAGGAGAUGCGGCUUUUUGGGACUCCUGGAGCUCCAAGAGGGAAGUCGGCAUCUGAGAGACGGUUGUUCUUCACCAGCUCCGGGAGGAAAGGUUCAGUGUGCGAGAGCGUCGAGGCCAAGCUGUUUCAGGAGGAGCUGGAGGACGAGAUGGCAGACGUCACAAGGGCGAGAUCUCAAACUGGCUGCCAGUCUCUUACCCUGCAAGAACCACAUGAGCUUCUGGACUUCCCUCAAACUCAAGAGUCACAAUCACAGCUGAUGUCUCCCCUGAUUAAGCCAAUCCCGCAGCCCUCGACUCCUCACAAAACACGCCUCCGCCGCCGCGACUACAGCAUCGACGAGAAGACGGACGCUCUUUUCAACGAGUUCCUCCGGCACGACCCGCUGUUCGACCAGCAGGAAUCGCCGCUGCGCUCCAGGCACCGAUCCAGAGUUCACCUCCGUAAGCAGUGGCAACGACACAAGCAAUACAGCGACCCGGGGUCGGGCGCCGGGGGCCGGUACUCCCCGUCGUUGGAGAGGCAGAGGUUCACGCCGCUGAGGAGAGGCGACAGCGCCGGUUACCCGCUGGACACGAGGUAUCACAGCACGCUGUCGCGCAUCGCGAGCGCUGCCGACGAGGAAGCCAGCGAGGGGGCGGCGUGCGAGGAGGAAGCCUCCAACGAGAGCACGGACGACAACGAUCCGCCGAGGGAAGGAGGCGAGCGGGAAGCCUUGGGAAGUACGGCCGACGCCACAAAGAGUUGGGCGGAGUCGAGCGAGGAAGGCGACGGCUGCCGGGUCGCGAGGAAAGAAGGCGCCGAAAGCACAACUAUCCAGUCGUUGACGUCGACACAGACGAGCAACACGGAUCCCAGAGGCAACAACAGAAACAACAACAGUCGUCACGCUGUCCCCUCAGAGAGCAGCCUGGCCGACAAGCUGGCCGUGUCGGUUGAAGAGCGGCUCUACGGCAGCCUGCGCCGCGCGGAGCGGCUCGGCCAGGGAGGAGCGGAGCGCACGCUGACCGCGGCGCACGCGGCCUCGCCCGGCUUCGGUCCCGUGUAACGCGUUAACGACCUCAUCUUCAUCAGCCGUACUUCACAUACGUCAUCUAUAGCCGACGGACUUGAACUGAAGGGUGGAUAGAACUUCUCAGGGCUCUCAAGUGUCACGCAUUGAGCGUGAGACUCACGCAUUUCGUUCUUAAGUCACGGACUCCCGCCACACAUCGUAUUUCUCACUCUGAAAAAAACUCUUGGCUAUUUAAUGUUUUAAUGUGCCGCAGCGCGCAAACAUGAGCCGCGCUGCCCUCACCGUGGAGGAAUCAAGCGCUCCCCUGGAGUUCUGCUGUGAGGUGCCACUUAUCAGCCAAUCAAAAAAAAGAAAUGGGCUACACAAUAGCCAAUCAGAAAAAAAAACGUAUCUGUUGUAUCUGGGUAAGAUUUAAUCCAGCAACCAAUGAAAAUAAAGCAUCCUGGAAUUGCGCGCGACUGACUGAUAUCCGAAAAUUUCGUUCUGGGGGGGAAAUGUCACUCUUGCCUGUCUUCAAAACUUGAGAGCCCUGACUUCUUCAUGUGUUAGAUAGUAAUUUGUGUCCCUUACAUUUGGAUAAAUAACUAAUGGAUCAAAACUCCGAUGUAGAAGUCUCCUCCAGCAUUUCCAUUCAGACCUUGGUUUCCAGUGGGACGCCAUGUGACACGUGAAGACCCUUUUUAUUGGCAACUACUCAAAAUCAAAAGCAUUUAUUACACAGCUUUGAAAAUAUAGACCCAUCUUUAGAAGAAAAAAAUAUUUUUAGAAUGAACUGUGAAUUUUCAGCAUGCUCGUGUAUGUCCAACAUGUUUCUGUGAAUACUGUACAGGUUUGACUUUAAAACAAAAAGCACUUUGAUGGGAAGAACGAUGGAGUUUCUGUGACCCAUUUCUCUCAUUUAAAAACCAUGUCCUCCUCAAGUGUCCUUUUCGUCUUGAUCACCUAUCUUGAGGUUUAUGUAUUUGGCAAUAAGAACACUGACCAUGUAAAAGAAGAACAAAAAACAGUAUAACGUACCUCCUCACUGCCCUCUCAUUUAAACACAUCAGAUCUGCCGCAUCAACUUAUCCGGAAGUAAAAGCAGAUGGGAUACCCAUACUACACAGUUCGGAAUAACGUACAUUAAGACAUUUUGUAUCCCCAUAUUUCAUCUAUUUUUAUAGGAUUUUGGUUACUUAUUUGACCCUCUUAUUUAUCACAAUUAAAGACGCUGUAUCCAGGAUCUUACGUGGGGUCGAACAAAUUGUUGCAUCAGUGCUGAGACUGUUGAGGGGGACGGACCCGUGAGACGUUGACACUGCAGCGCAGGGCCAAAGGACUAACUCAUUACAUGUUACUAAAUAAACAAUACGUCUGGUGAUAUUC